GCAGUUGUCGACAAGCAUUAGCACAGGACGCAAGUUCAGAGCACCAUGGUUCCGAGGGGCGCCUUUCUGCUGCUGGCGGUGUCGGCGAUUUGGCUGAGUGGGUGCGUUCGCCCAGCGGCUUCGGAUCCAGUCUUUGCAUGCAGUAGAGCAAGGGGAAUCUGCGUUCCAAAGAAGCUCUGCGGCCAGCCUGUGCCCAACGCUGCUUGUGACAACGAAGGACGCAUAUGCUGCAGAAGAGGUUUCCUAAAGACUGGACGUACGUCAGCGCGUGGAGGCAAUGGCAAUAACAACCAAGACUCUAAGAAGGUCGGAGGGAAGAGAUGUACGGAGAAAUAUGGGACAUGCAGGCACGGCUGCCCAGGUGCUGUGGACAGCGAAAGGAAUUGCCCCGACGGUAAAAUAUGCUGCAAAAAGUCACUCAAGAUAAAAAAUAAAAAACAGAUUAGUGCUAGAGGAAGAGACAACGAUUGUACAGCAGCAGGAGGAACUUGCAAUGACCCUACCAGUGAAUGUAAAGAGAAACUUCCCAUCGAAUGUCCGGAUGCGACUAAAAACUGCUGCAAGAGAACCAAGAACAACACCUGCAAAUCAAAGGGUUUCAGAUGUGUCAAUAAAUGUGGAGGAAAUGUGAAGGAACUGAAAGGUUGUAAGGAAGGGAAAGUUUGUUGCGACAGAGCAAAGAAAAACAACUGCAAAAGUUUGGGAGGAAGCUGUAGAGUUGAAAGCAAAUGCACAGCCGAAGUCCUAAAUCCCACCAGGAAAUGUAGGAAUAAUAAGAUAUGUUGCAAGAAAGGUGAAACCUGUAGAAAGCUGGGUGGUAACUGCAGAAAGGAAUUCAAAUGCAACAAAAACAAACUUAACCCUUCCAUACCAUGCAAAGAUGGUAAAGUUUGCUGCGAAAGAGGAGAAACAUGUAGAAAGCUAGGAGGUAAUUGUCGAAUUCAGUCUAAAUGCAAUGGAAACACGAUUACUCCCUCUAUACCAUGCAAAGAUGGUAAAGUCUGUUGUGGAAAAGGAAAUAAAUGCAAAGAUCUAGGAGGUACAUGUCGAGAGCAAGCCAAAUGCAACGGAGAUAUACUUACUCCCUCUAUACCAUGCAAGGGCGGUAAGGCCUGUUGUGAAAAAGGAAAAAAAUGCAAAGCUCUAGGAGGUACAUGUCGGGAGGAAGCCAAAUGCAACGGAAAUAUACUUACUCCUUCUAUACCAUGCAAGGGCGGUAAGGCCUGUUGCGAAAAAGGAAAGAAAUGCAAAGCUCUAGGAGGUACAUGUCGAGAAGGAAGCAAAUGCAACGGAGAAUAUACUUACUCCUUCUAA